UACUUAUCGCUAAAACAUCUUUAUCUAUGUAAUUGCUAAAAUAAAAAAAAAUUCAUGUUAAUAUGAAUCUAAUGACAUCUCAUGGCUGUUUUCGAAUAAGCCAAUCCAUUCGAGAUCCUGCAACUUCACUUUAUUUCCUAUUCACUCAGCUACCUUUAAUCUGUUAAGCGAGAGCAAUCUAAUGAUAUCUCGUUUGAUAAAAUAUAUACUAGCAUAUAUUUUUUUUAUCUUAAAAAAUUUGUGUACAAAUAAGAUCAAAACUUAGUCAAAUUUAAAAAUUAGAUCCCACCAAAUUAGAUUAGAGAAAUUUUAUCUCAAAGAAGUAAGUUUGGUAUGCACCCAAUUACCCAUGAUGAGUUAUAAAUCCACCCACCCGAACCUCAACAAAUAAAGGCAACCAUUUGUGAUUUGUUGUUGUUGGUAGUAGACAUUCAAGAUUCAACAAUGCUAAUAAAUAUAUGUCAACCAUGUCUGAAUUGACAGAUGGAGGCCUUAACAUCCAAGCAAAGAAUAAUCCCCCCACCAAAAGUUCUAAAUCUACACUCUUCCACCUCCAAAUUUUCAAAUAAUUAACCAAAAAACUUCCCCUAAAUUUCAAACAUACCCUUUAUCUCUUUAUUACCAGAAAAACCUGACUUUUUUCUUUCUACACUACAUAAAUCCACUGUUCUUCUUCAUUAUUCUCCCUUAUGUUAUUAUACCCAAAAAAAUCCCAUUAAUUAAUUCUAAUAAUGGGUACCAAAAAAUUAAUGCUAACCCUCAUUUUAUCAUCAAUCAUAAUCUUCCUUGUUUACAUCUUAACCAUAUUAACAAAACCCACAAUUAUACCCACUAAUAAUUCCUUCAAAUUAGUCAUAAAACCCAAUAUUACCAAAACUUAUCCUGUCACAUUUGCAUACUUGAUCUCAGCAUCAACAAACGACGUUCUUAAGUUAAAGCGCACAUUACUUGCACUUUAUCAUCCGGGUAAUUACUACUUGAUCCAUUUUGAUUAUGGAGCUCCGAAAUCACAGCAUUUAGAAGUUGCAGAAUUUGUAUCAAAGAAUGAAGUUUUUUCUCAAGUUGGAAAUGUUUGGAUUAUUGGUAAACCAAAUCUAGUUACUUAUAGAGGUCCCACUAUGCUUUCUGCUACAUUACAUGCCAUUUCCAUUCUUCUAAAGACUUGCCAAUGGGAUUGGUUUAUUAAUCUCAGUGCCUCUGAUUAUCCUUUGGUUACUCAAGAUGAUUUAAUUCAUGCCUUUUCUGACGUACCAAGAGAUUCAAAUUUUGUACAGCAUUCCAGUCGGCUGGGUUGGAAAUUGAAUAAAAGGGGAAAGCCAGUGAUAAUUGAUCCGGCUUUAUACAGUCUAAAUAAAUCACAGGUUUGGUGGGCUGUUAAGCAAAGGGGUCUACCUAGUUCCUUCAAGUUGUUCACAGGCUCUGCUUGGACAGUUUUAUCAAGGUCCUUUGCUGAGUAUUGCAUAGUAGGAUGGGAAAAUCUUCCAAGGACACUACUGCUCUAUUACACCAACUUUGUCUCCUCGCCGGAGGGCUACUUCCAAACAGUCAUAUGCAACUCUCAGGACUACAAGAACACUACAAUUAAUCAUGACUUACACUAUAUCAGUUGGGAUAACCCUCCUAAGCAGCAUCCGAGAUCACUUGGUCUCAAGGAUUUCCGUAGAAUGGUCCUUAGUAACCGACCAUUUGCUAGGAAGUUCAAGAAAAAUGAUCGCGUUCUGGACAAAAUUGAUCGAGAAAUUCUCAAGAGGAUUAAGUGGCAUGAUACAUUUAGCUAUGGUGGGUGGUGUGGGGGGACUGAUGGAGGACAGGACAGUUGCUCAGGGUUAAAAGCUGAGAAUUAUGGUGUUUUGAAACCUGGUGCUGGUUCCAGAAGACUUAAAACUUUGUUAACAAAAUUGGUUUCUGCUAGGAAAUCUAGUAAACAUUGGUGUAGAUGAGACACCACCACCAAUUAUUUGUUUUGUGAUUCAAUUUGUGUAUGUACAAUAAUUUUGAUUACUUAAUUCAGUUAAGAAUAGUAAAUGGUACUAUAGAAGUAUUUUUGUGGAAUAAUCAAUCUUAUAGUAAAGCAAUCAAUCUUAUAGUUUUGUGAUGAUGUGUAUUCCUCGAAUAUAAUUGGAGA